UUCGGGGCGCCUGUAGGCUCUCGUACGGCUGUCGGUGGUGCUGUCAGUCGGUGCAGGUGAGGCUGGAGCAGGUGAUCAUGGCUGAGGAUGUGACUGUGUCCGAGGAGACUUUAACUAGUGCUCUGAGUCAGUUGGUGAACUUGGGGAAAAUCCUUCUGCAGAAAGCCCGACAGCAAGCUGCAGAGUCCCUGGAGACGUUUGUCCCACAUAAGAUCACCACUUUAUUCGGCCUGAUCACAGCCGGGGCACAGCUCUACAAAAGCCUUGGAGUGAAGAAGAAGAGUGAAGCAGAGGCUGUGUGGCAGAAGUAUUAUCACCAGGCAGCCGUGAGAGAGCAGGUGGAGGAACUUCUGGAGCUGGAGGGGGAGUGGGACUCCUUCCUGGAGGGUGUGGACAGAGACCUGCAGGUGACGGACAGACUGCUGUCGGGGAGUAAGAUCGUAGAGAGCGUGAGCCCGGAUGCUGCGUUCACUGACGUUCGGACUGGAAAGAGCGUGACUCUGGGUCAGUACCUGGAUCAGGGGCAGAAGCUGCUGCUGCUUCUCAUCAGACAUUUUGGAUGACAGCCGUGACGCGACCACGUGGCCGAGGUGGAGGCGAGCAAGGCUCUCCUCCAGGCUCGGUCAGCGCCGGUCGUCGUGGUUUGCUUCGGCAGCGAGGAGGGAGCCAAACUGUGGCUGAAGCAGACUGGAUGUACCUUCGACAUGGUGCUGGAUCCUCAGAGGAAGCUUUACAGGAGUUUUGGCCUCGGCUCAUCCUACGCCAAGGUGAUGAGUUUCAGCUGCCUGCUGCAGUACUCCGAGUACGAAACCAAUAACAGAGAGCUCCCCGAUGUCCCCCCUCGCCUGCUGGAAGAUAUCUACCAGCUGGGAGGAGACUUCUUGCUGGAUAAAGAAGGGAAGGUCCUUCUUUGUCACCCAUCUAAGAACCCUCUGGACAGGCCGCCCGUGAAGGACAUCCUGAAGGCAGUGGACCAGUAGAAUCCGGUCCGGGGGGUUGUCUGGGUUUUAACACAACAGCGCUGACACCACAGAGGAAGAGCGGCUCUUUGACUGCACGUUUAUGACGUCACAUCUCACCCUCAUGACUCCAUGAAGAGGCGUGACCGAUGCAGAACUGUGAAGAAAAAGACGACCGAUCUUCGUUUGUUGUGUCCGUGUUGUGAUGAGAGCAUUGUUUAUUAAAUGAGCGGUACUGCAGGAACCUAAUUAUACACAUAAAUAUGAAUCAUUGGCUUUAUCAGACAUUUCAUUUUACUUUAAAGGUGCUUUGAGAAGAUUUUGGCGGUGGUAGCGAGAGGUACUGGUUUUAAUUUUGGGUACAAAUUACUACAUUACCCAGAAAUCAUGCAAUAUGACGUUACCACUGCCUACUUCAUGAAACUUCUUCUAUUCUUCUUCUUUUAAAGGUCCAGUGUGUAACAUUUAGGUGGAUUUUUUUUUAUUUCUCUUGUGAGUUUUACAGCCACUGUAGUUUCUCCUCCACGCUGACACCAGGAGAAUGAGGCAAGUGUGUUGUAGUCUGCAAAUGCACCACCAGAUGCCACUAAAUCCUGCACACUGGUCCUUUAAUACAGAUUAAACUGCACCCUGCAGAUUUUACAGUAAAAUAAUAUGAUAGCUGCUACAGAUCCGAUCUUUUCAUAUCCAUUAAUAAAAUAAGAUCAUAAACUAUGAGACAUUAAAAUCACUCAGUAAUCAAAUCUUAAUGCCUUUCUGUUGCCAACUGACUGUUUCAAAGCUGGCAUUCACUGCCUGGUAAGAUUUGUAAUUUUGUGCUUUUAUUGUAUCAGACUGUUCGUGAUUUUAAAUAAAAAUUGUGGGUAAUUUUA